AAAUGGGAAAGGAACGAAUAACAGACAUUGCAUUCUCCCCCUAUAAAUAAAUGAUGCAACAAGCUUGGAAUAACCAUCAAAUCAAAUACAAAUAACUUACUGCAACCCAACCAACCGCGACUGCAAUCAUCAAUUUUCAUCAGUUCAUCAGCAAUUUAGAAUCUUAAUUCUCCAAUUCAAUCCAAACCUCUUCUUUAAUUCAAAAUGUCGAUCAUCCCAAGCUUCUUUGGCAACAGAAGAACCAACGUUUUCGACCCAUUUUCUCUAGACGUAUGGGAUCCAUUCCAAGACUUCCCAUUCUCAUCCCCAACCUCAUCAUCCUCUGCACUCUCCAUGCCUCGUUCUGAACUAUCCAAAGAAACAUCACAAUUAGCCAACACUCGAAUUGAUUGGAAAGAGACCCCAGAAGCGCACAUCUUUAGAGCUGAUCUUCCCGGCGUUAAGAAGGAGGAAGUGAAAGUUGAAGUUGAAGAAGGGAGAGUUCUGCAGAUAAGUGGAGAGAGGAGCAGAGAAAGUGAAGAGAAGAAUGAUAAAUGGCAUAGGGUCGAACGUAGCAGUGGCAAAUUCCUGAGGAGAUUCAGGUUGCCUGAGAACACGAAGGUGGACGAAGUUAAGGCUGCUAUGGAGAAUGGAGUCCUCACCGUGACUGUUCCCAAAGUAGAAGAGAAGAAGCCUGAAGUGAAAUCUAUUCAGAUUUCUGGUUAGAGUUUCAGGACUGACGGCAAAAUGUGAUCCAGCCUUUUGGUUAUGGUUUCAUUGUGGAGUGGUCUUAAUAUGUUAUUAGCAUUAUUAGCAUCAGUGUUGCCUGGAGUGUCUUUGAUCUUUUGUUAUUAGUGUCAGUGUUGUUGUUCAAAAUAAAUUAGUGGUGGUGUUGUCACUGUUUUUGUUACCAUUAGGUACCAAAUCGGUUGUUGGUGUCUCUGGUCUUGUAAUCUUUGUUCUUAAUUGCAAUUAAGUUACUAAUUUUCUUUA